AUGCGGCUGGUGGCGAAAAAAGCUGUUGAAAAAACUGAUGAAGCUUCAAGUUUUGAAUCGCAAAUUAUACCAAUGGACAUAGAUCUGCCAAUGCAAUCAAUUGCAUUCCAACCUAAUGAGUUUAAUUCCUGUUGUUGGAAUGAAUUAAAUCUAAAUUUUAAUUUAAUGCAUUCCAACAGCAACGAACAGAAUUAG